UAUUCCAUGCUUCCAAAAGGCUGUAACAAUGGACCGACGGUGGCCGUGGAAGAAAAAAUCAUCUGGCAAGGCUGUGGACAAACCAUGGGAAUCUGGCGAUGCUUCUGAUCAGGCCAAUCAGGACAGGAAGGAAGUGAACUACGUCCAAAUCUCUGUGGAAUCAUAUUCACAUCUAACUGGUUUAGAAGAUCAAGUAAAAACAUAUGAGGGAAAAGUUCGAACACUUGAGAAUGAGAUCAAGGAGAUGAAUGAAAAGCUCUCAGCAGCAAACUCUGAUAUCAAUACCAAGGAAACCAUUGUAAAACAGCAUGCUAAAGUGGCUGAAGAAGCUGUCUUAGGUUGGGAGAAGGCUGAAGCAGAAGCUUUGGUACUCACGGCCGAGGAUCGCGCAUCACAUUUAGAUGGGGCUCUUAAGGAAUGUAUGCGACAGAUAAGAAAUCUUAAGGAAGAACAUGAACAGAAAAUACAAGAAGUUGCUCUGGCGAAAACCAAGCAAUUAGACAAGAUUAAGGGGGAACUGGAGGCAAAGAUAGUUAACUUUGAAGAGAAACUUGUCAGGGCUAGUGCUGAAAAUGGAGCACUCUCAAUGUCCUUGCAGGAGCGCUCCAACAUGCUGAUCAAAGUGAGCCAAGAAAAAGCACAUGCUGAGGCUGAAAUUGAGCAUCUUAAGAGCAACAUAGAAUCAUGCGAGAGAGAGAUUAAUUCACUUAAAUAUGAACUCCAUGUUGUUUCGAAGGAACUUGAAAUUCGCAACGAAGAGAAGAACAUGAGUAUUAGAUCAGCAGAAGCUGCUAACAAGCAGCAUGCAGAGGGUGUCAAGAAAAUUGCUAAGUUAGAGGCUGAGUGCCAAAGGUUACGUGGUCUAGUGCGGAAGAAGUUACCUGGCCCUGCUGCACUCGCACAGAUGAAGUUAGAAGUUGAAGGCCUUGGCCAUGAUUACAGAGAGAGUCGAAUAAGGAAGUCUCCCGUGAAACCUGCUGCUCCGUAUUUGUCCCCAUUGACUGACUUCUCCUUAGAGAAUGUACAAAAAUUCCAGAAAGAGAAUGAAUUUCUCUCGGGGCGUUUAUUGGCAAUGGAAGAAGAAACAAAGAUGCUGAAAGAAGCUUUGGCUAAACGUAACAGUGAAUUGCAGGCAUCAAGGAGUAUGUGUGCUAAAACACUAAGCAAACUUCAGAGUUGGGAAACACAGCAUCAGCAGAAAGGAUCCCCAGAAUCCAUCACCCAGAUGACCCAUGCAAGCAAUGCUCCAAGCUUGGUCUCCAUGUCUGAAGAUGGAAAUGAUGAUACAGGAAGCUGUGCUGACUCUUGGUCUACGGCAAUAGUCUCCGGGCUGUCCCAAUUCCCUAAAGAAAAAAGCACUGAAAAAUCAAUCAAAUCUGAAGCCACUAAGAAGUUGGAACUAAUGGAUGACUUUCUAGAAGUGGAGAAGUUAGCUCGUUUGUCAAAUGACACCAAUUUAGAUGAGGUAUCUUGCAAAGAUGUUCCAUCUGAAGAGAACAAUGAUAUAAAGAGCAACGACUUGCUACUAUCAGAGCUUAGGUCAAGAAUAUUAUCAAUUUUUGAGUUCACUGCUAAUGAUGCAGACGUAGGGAAGAUCAUACAAGAUAUUAAGCACAUAAUAGAAACGGACAAAGAAGCCACUUCAUCCCACUAUUCCAACGAAUAUGUGCAGAUAAACUCAGAUUUGGAAGCUGCAAUUUCUGAUAUUCACGACUUCGUGUUGUUACUUGGCAAAGAAGCAAUAUCAUUUCAUGACAUAUCGUCCGAUGGAAGUGAAAUGAGUAAAAAGAUUGAGGAAUUCUCUUUUACUUACGAUAAACUUCUAUGUAACAAUGCAAGUUUGGUCCAGUUUGUUCUUGGCCUGUCCAGUGUUUUAACUAAAGCAAGUGAGUUCAGAUUUAAUGUUCUUGGCUACAAGGGUACAGAAGCUGAAAAUAACUCUCGUGAUUGUAUAGAUAAGAUUGCUUUGCCUGAAAAUAAGCUAGCUCAAGACAAUGCAUCUGGAAAUAGAUAUCAAAAUGGUUCUUCCCUUAUUCUGAAUCCUUGUUCUGAUCCUGAGGUUCCUGAUGAUGGAAAUGUGGUUUCUACAUCGAAGAGCCUCUCCGAUGAAUAUGAAGAAUUGAAACAGGAGAAUCGAAAACUAGUAACUGAUCUGUCACAGUGUGCUCAAAAUCUACAAAUGACAAAGUCUCAAUUGCUAGAGACUGAGCAACUUCUAGCAGAAGUAAAAUCAGAAUUGGCUUCUGCUAUAAAAUCAAACAGCUUGGCUGAGACGCAGCUGAAGUGCAUGGCAGAGUCAUACAAGUCACUUGAAGCACGUGCCCAAGAGCUUGUAACCAAGCUGAAUCGUCUUCAAAUUGAGACAGAAACCCUGGAGAAUAAGCUUCAAGAGGAAAAGAAGGCUCACGAAACCGUAUUGGCCAAAAGCAAGGUGCUGGAGGAGCAACUACAGAGGAUUGAGAGUUCAGCAGCUGAUAGUCGCAUGAAGUCUACACAGGAGAAAGAUUUGGCAACGGCGGCGGAGAAGCUAGCUGAGUGUCAGGAAACUAUAUUUCUUCUUGAGAAGCAGUUAAACUUGCACUUCUCCAACAGCUUAUCUAGCCCAGACAACGAGUCGAGCCUUCUAGCGAGAUCCCCGGUGCGGCAUCACAAAGCAAGACACAGGCCAACCAAAUCAGCCUCCUCACCGGCGGCUUCUUCCACGCCUACACCGGAGAAGCAUGCGCGAGGCUUCAGUAGAUUCUUCUCAUCAAAAGGAAAACCUUCUCGUUGAGUUAUUAAAUUAGCCUCUUUGGUAAUUUGGUUUGUUGUGUUGUUGAGUGGAGAAUACCAUGCAUCAUUGCAUAUAAUCUGAGGCCAUUCUUGUUAUUGUAUGUAACAGCUUUGUAAAUGGUUACUAUAUGCUGUUUUCUUUCGUUUUGAGCUUCUUCUGUAACUUAAAUAGCAGGUAUUGACAUAAGUCUCUCUCUAUAUGUUGUAAUUCUCCUUACCAAACCAAAAACAGAACUUAAACUAUGUUGUAUUUUCCUUCACUAAAUUUAUCUAUACCUUGAUUCUUUGCGAGCAAUAAUAAAAAUUGUUCAACUUCAACUGACAACUAUAUCAACGGUACAAAUUAAUAUACCAUAACAAUAGUGUUGAAUAUGGCGACCACAUAUUUCUUUGUUGUAGCUUUGUGGCAGGUAUGGUGUGUUUGGUUAUCAUAUGUUGGAAUGUAAUGGGCUUGUCCAGGUGCAGAAAAGGAACACUUCCAGAGUUAGACUAAGAACUCAAGUACAAAACAGGAGUGCAAGAGACGGAUGGUGUGUUUCUGCGUGAUCAUAUGGAACAUAUGAUUGGAACGGAACCAGAGGAUCUUUCAGAACAAAAGAAAAAGGGUUGAGGAGAUUCUCAACAUGUCUUUUCUGAACUACAAAGAGUGGUUGGAUGUUAACUCUUUCUAUUGUUGAUGGCA